AUGAGCGAUACGAAAGCAUGGGAGCAUCUAGAUGCGGACCUCAACCAAGUAUUAGAAGCAUCUCUAGCUGGAGCCGUAGAGCGUAAAGUCGAGUCCCUAACCGCAAUAACGUACAACCUAGCUAGGGAGCGGUUUGGGGUGGAGGAAAAGAAGAAGAAGAGUCAGCAAACUACCAAGCAGCCCAACAGAAGGGAAAGAGAAAUUCGGCAGUUAAGGAGAGAAAUCAAGGCACUAAACAAGAAGUACAAGAGAGGGCCGGCCAGCGAAAAGGAAGGUAUCAAGCAGUUAACGUGCCAACUAAGAGAGCGGCUAUGUAGAUUGAGAAGGGCUGAGAAUGUUAGGAAGCAGAGAAAGCAGAGAGCAAACAAGAGAGCCCAGUUCGUCAGAGAUCCGUUCCGGUUCACAAAGUCAUUGUUGGGAGAAGCGAAGUCAGGUAGACUAGCCAGUGGCAAAGAAGAAGUAGAAGAGUUUCUGAGAGAGGCACACAAUGAUGAGUUGAGGCACGAAGCUCUAGAGGAAAAUUCGAGAAUCAAGCCAGUGCCAGUACCAACCAAACCUCUGGAUACAAGUGAACCAACGUGGAAGGAAGUUCAAGAUGUGGUUAGGAAAGCCAGAGCAGGGUCAGCUCCUGGCCCUAGCGGGAUCCCUUACAAGGUCUACAAGAAGUGCCCUUUGCUCCUGCGCAGAUUGUGGAGGCUUCUACGACGAAUAUGGGGGAAGGGAGUCAUUCCAACAAGCUGGAAGAGAGCAGAGGGGUGCUUCAUCCCGAAGGAAGUAGACUCCUCCGUCAUCAACCAGUUCAGAACAAUUUCGCUCCUGUGCGUUGAAUGCAAGAUUUACUUUUCUGUUCUGGCUAGAAGACUUGUGACCUACAUAACUGAGAACCAGUACAUAGACACGUCUGUGCAGAAGGGAGGAAUCCCGGGUUUCUCCGGUUGUCUGGAACAUACGGGUGUGCUAACCCAGGUGAUAAGAGAAGCCAAAGCAAACAAGUCGGACUUGACAGUGGUAUGGCUGGACCUGGCUAAUGCGUAUGGUUCUAUCCCUCACGGCCUUAUCCAGGUGGCGCUGGACCACUACCAUGUCCCAGCAAGCGUCAAGGGCAUGGUCACCAGCUACUUUGGAGGGAUCCAGCUUCGCUUUAGAACAGCUGACUUCACAACACAGUGGCAGAACCUGGAGAAGGGGAUUGUGACAGGGUGUACUAUCUCGCCAAUUCUCUUCAUCAUGGGAAUGAAUCUACUGAUAGAUGCGGCAGCUACUAAAGCAAAGGGCCCCAGGAUGAACUCUGGUUCAAGGCAGCCACCAAUAAGGGGGUUCAUGGAUGACAUCACUCUUACUACUGUCACCCAUGUAGAGGCAAGAUGGAUGGUAGCAGAGAUCGAGAGGAAAGUCAACGAACACCUCAGGAAGUGGUUGGGCAUACCCCCGAGCUUCACCGCGGUAGGCCUGUACACGAAGUCAGGACAGUUACAGCUUCCCUUGUCGUCAGUGGUAGAAGAGUACAAGGUUGCCAAGUGCAGAACAGUUCUCCUGUACAGUGAUUCGCAGGACCAGAAAGUCAGGGAGGCAGGAGUAACAACCAGGGCAGGCAGAAAGUUUAAGGCCAACGAGCUCGUCGCACAAGCCAAGAACGGGAAGAAGAUCGUCAUGAUCGAGUUGACUGUUCCCUGGGAGGAAGGUUGUGAGGAAGCCAACGAGAGGAAAAGAGCAAAGUACCAAGACCUGCUGCAGCAGUGUAGGGACAAAGGUUGGCAGGCUUGGCUGUUCCCAGUUGAAGUAGGGUGUAGGGGUUUCCCAGCACAGUCGGUGUGGAAGAUGCUGUCAGCUGUAGGAAUAACAGGAAGAGACAAGAAGGUAGCAGUGCGCAAGAUGGGCGAAGCAGCAGAAAGGGCGUCAUGCUGGCUUUGGUGUAGGAGAGAAACAACAAGCUGGAAACCGGGAGGAGCGGAUGAGCAGUGA